UGAACGGGAACCAGUGGAGGGAUUGGCAGAGAGGGGUGGAGAACACUGAAUGGAGGCCAGUGGAGGGGUUGGCAGAGAGGGGUGGAAAACACUGAAUGGAGGCCAGUGGAGGGAUUGGCAGAGAGGGAUGGAGAACACUGAAUGGAGGCCAGUGGAGGGGUUGGCAGAGAGGGGUGGAGAACACUGAAUGGAGGCCAUUGGAAGGGUUGGCAGAGAGGGUGUGAGAACACUGAAGGAGGCCAGUGGAGGGUUGGCAGAGAGGGGUGGAGAACACUGAAGGAGGCCAGUGGAGGGGUUGGCAGAGAGGGGUGGAGAACACUGAAGGAGGCCAGUGGAGGGGUUGGCAGAGAGGGGUGGAGAACACUGAAGGAGGCCAGUGGAGGGGUUGGCAGAGAGGGGUGAAGAACUCUGAAUGGAGGUAAGUGAAGGGGUUGGCAGCGAGGGGUAGCAGACACUGAACGGUAAGCCAGCAAGGAGGGAGUUGCAGUAGUCGAGGUGAGAGAUGACCAGGGAGUGAAUUAGAAGCU